CAAAAUGGUGAUGGCAGGUGCAAGCCACAAGGAGCCAUCAGGGACCCUUCCACUGUUGAAGAAGGAAGAGAGGCCCACUGUUAGGUUCAGCAACCAGCCGCCAUCCACGUUCAAGUUUUUGAACACAAACAUCCUCUGUGUCAUCGGUCUGCUGUGUUGCGUGUGCUGUGCCUACAGCAUAUACGAUGAAGUUGAAGUGAACAUAACCGUGCACAUCCCUAUCCACCUCCUCAAGUUCAGACCGGAAGUGUUCGUCAGGAAGCAGGCAGACGUCAGAACCAUCAACAACAUCAAGUCUCACGCCCUGCUGGUCGAUGUCUAUGAUUUGGACGACGCGAGACUGCCCAAUCCAACUGACCUCUGCAGGACAAACACGCACUGCGACCAGUCGUGCGACCCCAUCAAUGGUCAGUGCAUUUGUAAGAGAGGGUACAAACUCGUUGGGGAGAGCAAGUGUGAAGACGUGAACGAAUGCCACACGCUGGACAGGCCCUGCCACAAACACGCCCACUGCAGGAACACGGAAGGCACUCACACCUGCCAGUGCAUUAUCGGCUACUACGGGGAUGGCCACCAGUGCCAUGACUGUAACGAUGACUGUCCGCCGGGAACUUACGAAGUCCAACCGUGCAACAACGCACCAAACUCUGCAAAAAAGUGUGCAAAAUGUUCAGACUCCUGCAAGGAAGGUUACUACAUGACAGGCCAGUGCCAACCGCGCAACGACACCUUCUGUAAAGUCUGCAAGCCCAUGUGUGGCAAUCUUGAUUACGAGUCUGCACCUUGCGCUGGCUCGCAGAACAGACAAUGCAAAGAAAUGUCUUCACUGAGCGAUCCGACAACAUCGGCAAACAUCUUCUUGGAGGACCUGAGGGACAUGGUUCUCGUGGUUUCCUACCAGAUGCAGGAGAACAAGAACGACAACAUGGUCCCGAAUGUCAUGCCACUCACAAGAAAGUCUGGCCUGCAGGUGCGUCUGACGAUAAAGGAACUCAACCUGGCUCCAAUCUAUCGCAACGUUGACCACUCCCAGUCGAAACGACAAGGCGACCUGGACAACCAGGCCUCCCUUCACUAGUACUGCCCCUACCCCCUCCCAGAGAAGUUCAACAUCACCAUCCACAACGCACGGGGGCGUAACGACGAAGGCUCAGUACCACUACUGCAACGAUAUCUUGGACGACGACUUUUUUGGCGAGGGUAACAGCGAUAAAAAGAAG